UCGUCCCGCUCGGCAACAUGGAGGACGCGGUGAUCGCGCUCGACUCCACGGUGAGGAGCCAGCACUCGAGCCACUCCAAGGAGUCGAAGGACUCGGAAUUGAAGCCGGAGAGCUGCCUCGAGUCGAAGCACUCCAAGGAUGUGCUCAUCCCGGAGAAACAGCAGCGUCAGCAGCCGCAUCAUCAUCAUCAGCCGCGGCAACGCGUCCCGGACGACCGGCAGGAUCACCGUCUGCCGGCCUCCGAGGCCAAGGACGACUCGAAUCUGCUGAUGUUCACGUCCUGCGGACAAUUGCUGCUCGGUGUCGUCCUGGUGGUUUUCGGCGUCCUGGUGCUCGUGCACGGCGCCUCCUUGGGCGGCUCCGGCGCAGGACUCUGGGCGGGUGCGGGCGCUCUGGUCGCCGGCGCGCUCGGAGUGGUCGCGACGUUGGCGACGUCCUCCACCAAGACGAAUUCCGCCUUUUCGUCCGCUCACCUCGCGUCCAGUCUGAUCGCCCUCGCCCUCUCGAACAUGGCCGCGAUCACGGCCUUGACGGCGGUGGUCAGGGACUCGCAGAGGACGCCGGAAGUCUCGCUCCUCAGCCUUUCGGGCGAAGACGGUAACGUGGUGGAGGUGGACGGCGGCUUGGCGGGUCUGCUGGCGAGCAUCGGUCUGCUGGUGGCCAGCGUGGCCGAGCUGCUGGUUUCCGGCUACAGCUGCCUGACCUUGACCCCGAAGCUCUGCGGCUGCCUGCGAGCCAAUGCCGCGGACGAGGGGGCGAGCGAGGGCCACCUGAAGACUCGCAACAUGGUCCACCAGUGGGUCAUCGCGCAGAACCACGUGUCGAAGAGCCAGCCGAUCUACGUGGUGCAGCCGGUGGUGCCGAUGCAUCCGAUGAUCCAGCCGCCGUACGGGAUGCCGCCAGCACCGCCCGGCAAGUUCCCCGGUGGAUUCGUGUCCGCUGGACCUCUCCCGAUCUCCGCACCGGCCUACGGUCCCGUUCCCGUGUUGCCCCACAUGCCGUAUGCCGGACGACCGCCGUCUCAAAUGUUCCGGCCGAAACCGAACAAGCGCCACCAAGUCGCGGAUCAGGUCGAGGAACUGGAGAGAAAACGGCAAGCGGAGGCCAAGAGCGAGUCCCCGAAGAGGAUGUCGUCGAUCGGCGAGGAUCAGGUCGACCUGGCGCAGACCUACACGGGCUUGGACAAGAGGAUCUCCGAGGAGUUCAUUUCGAUCGCGAUGGACCCCGACAGGAAGUCGAAGGCUUCCAGCAAUCACGGCAGCGAGAUCGGGACUACGAAAACUUUCUGAAAACGAGUCCCGAUCAAUGAAGUUGCGGAGCUUCGUAGGGUGCAAGUGUGAAGGUAUACUCGCGACUUGCAAAGUCGAUUCCGCGUGGGCAGGGCUUGAUUCGUGCGAAUCGCGAACCUGCCGUCACUCUCGCACCGAGUCCUUCGAUUUCGAGCGGUAUCAGGACGAUACUUAUCGCGACUCGUCUCGUUAAAAUCGCUCGAUGAAGCAUCCGAGGAAGAAAGCGCGGCUUCGGAGAGCGACGGUACGACCGAAGAUCUUAUUUCCGCGAACCGUUCCCUCCACAUUUUCAAAAUGCGAAGACACCACGCACGGAAAUGAACUCUUCGAUCACGUCGCUGAUAAAUUGGCCGGUCUAUAAAGGAAAUAAAGUGUAGCGUUUAUCUAUUGUCGCGGAUCUCCCCGUCGCGAAUGCGCGAAGAAUGUUGACAUUCGCGACGCAGGUGCGUGACAAAGUUUUACCCCGGUGUUAAAUGUCAUUGGGUGCACGGAGAAGGAUCGCAAUCGAUGACUCAUGCGCCAACGAAAUGCCAAGGCGUGUGCUAUUAUUGUUGUCAGUGUGGUGGGACGGAUAAUCCUGUUAUCUCAUUAUUAAGCGUCAACCGCGCCGAGCGCCUCCAAUUCAUUCUUUCCCUCUCUCUCUCUCUCUUUGUCGCGUAAUUGAACAAAGUUGAGCAGCACUAAGACUCAAUUAAGAUCGCGUAAUAACUUGCAUAACGUAAAAAAUAAGGGAACCGGCGAGCGUGAAGAUUCUCACGAUAAUAUAUAUAAUUAUAACGGAGUAACUGUACGUUUUUUUUUUCUUCAGAAUACCGUCUUGUCUGUCGGACGAGACGAGGUCUGAAGUUACCUGACGACUACCUGAAGCGCGCGCUCAACCUUCUUCUUCCAUCGCGCUCGAACCUUUCCACACGCAUCAGGAUGCGCUGUUAUCAUUCUUCGAAAAUAAUAUUUGCGCGUGCGCUUCGUGAGGUGCACUCAGUCUCGGCGAUGGUAGACGAAGGUUGAGCUGCACUAUAUUACUCUAAUUCACUAAGUAUAAAUAGAGGUAAUAUUGUCAAAUUAUGUAAUUACAGGAUACGAAUAAUAAUGUUCUAAUCGCCGGUUCACGCUUCUUACUUCAUUUUCGAUAGGGUGAUUAACGUUAUUUACUUAAGCUGGUUAUCACAUUGUACAGUCACAGUUUUCCUUACACGCCUUCCCAAGUGUUAGUUUAAACAUGAUUUGUAUAUACUUAUAUACGUUUAUAAUUUAUAAUAUAUUUUGUUACGUAAUAUACUACGAAAUAAAAUUACAAUACGAACGUUAAACCCAGGUUCAGGGAGUAACGCGUUACUUUUUUCAAUGUGCAGUGAGUAACGGUAAUGAGUCACUUUUUACAGGUAAUUUUAACCAUUUUGGUCGAAUCCUUCAAUGAUACAUUUUUAACGACAACUAAAACAAUUAGUUUUUCAAUUAAGUUUUUUCAAUUUUUGGUCAACUUCUUAAGGCUUAGAGCUUAAAACAUCUAUCGUAGACCAGGACUUACAGUGCUGUAAGCAUGAAUCAGACCGCAGCCUAAAUGUCGGUCCGCAAUAGGUAUUUUAAGCCUUAAAGCUUUAAAAAAUUGACCAAUCACAGUUAAUUAUUCUCUUCAUAUCCGAUUGUGAUUGGUCCAAUUUCUUAAGGCUUAAAAUACCAAUUGUGGACCAACAUUAAGACCACCAUCUUAAGUUUAUCUUCAGAUAUUUCGUAGCCAAUGAAGUGAGCGCGACACAACAUCUGAAGAUAAACUUAAGACUGUCACAUAUAAGAUCCGAUGGCUGCGGUCUGAUUAAACGCUUACAACGCUGAAAGCAUCAUUCUAUCUUUCUUUGGCAUUUAGUGAACAAUAAAUAUAGAACGACGCUUGUGAAUACCGGGCUUGGAUGCAUACAAAAUGCUUUGAAAACUCACAGAGCAGAUGCGAGAAAAGUGACGUAACGACCGGUCGAUAACGCAGUGUCACUGUGAAUCAUCAUCUGCUUGCGGAUAAUUGAGCUUGUACAGAUUUCAUGGUGAGAGGUAGAAUAACGUAUUCGGACGCUCAGGAUAUAAAUCGUGUGAUACAUUACAUACGUUUCAGUACUUUUAAUACCGCAUCAGGAUCAUAUCGAGAUCAUUUUAUAUCAUCGUAGUAUUAAAACGCUGGUAUAGAAAUGAC